AUGCAGAAAUGGGGUGUGAAGUUAUCAAGUGACCAAGCUUACAGGGCCAAGAGGAAAGCAAUGGAGCUGAUUCACAGGGCUGGUCGUGAACAAUUCACACAUUUAAGGAGGUAUGCUGAAGAAUUGCUCAAAUCAAAUCCAAACUCGACAUUUAAGAUACAAUGUGUUGUUUCCGAUGGUGGUCCUGUUUUUGAGAGAAUUUAUGUGUGCUUGGAAGCAUGUAAGGCUGCAUUUGCAACCACAUGCAGGCCACUUAUUGGGUUAGAUGCAUGUUUUUUAAAAGGGGACUUUGGAGGUCAAUUGAUAUCUGCUGUUGGUAAGGAUGGAAAUAACAAGAUGAUGCCAAUAACAUAUGUAGUCGUGGAAGCAAAGACAAAAGAUUCAUGGCAAUGGUUCAUAAAGUUAUUACUUGAAGAUCUACAAUCCAUUCAUCACAAUGUCUAUGGAUUUAUCUCUGAUCAACAAAAGGAAUUGGUACCAGCCAUUCUAGAAACCAGUCAACAUGUUGAACAUAGAUUAUGUGUGAAACAUUUGUAUGGUAAUUGGAGAAAGAAAUAUCCAGGGCUAGAAAUGAAGGAGGCUUUAUGGAGGGCUGCUAGGGCCACAACUAUACCUGGGUGGGAGAGAGCAAUGAAUCAUAUGAAAGAGCUCAAUGUUAGAGCUUGGAAAGACAUGAUGGAUGUUCCUGCAGCUUGUAGAGUCAAAGGCAUAAUAACUCCUAAAAUCCAACAAGUACUAGAAAAAACAAAGAGGGAGGCUAAAGGAUGGAGUGCAACAUGGCAUUCAGAUGAUGAUUUUUCACUUUUUGGAGUGUCGAAUGGUGUUGAAACAUAUGCUGUGAAUUUAUUGCAGAAUAAAUGUGGUUGCAAGAAGUGGGAUCUGACAGGGAUACCUUAUUGUCAUGCUAUUGCUUGUAUAUGGUUUAACCAAAAGGAACCAGAAGAAUAUGUGUCAUCAUGUUAUAGGUAA